ACGCAGUGCCAACAGGCAUAUAAAAUCAUGAAUUAUUACAACUCAUCAUGAACAAAGUUGCGUCUUUGUUCUUCUUGUUUCCACAUGCUUUUUCGAUUCAUUCACUUUUUAUUAUUUAUUAUUAUAUAUUUUUUUCCAUCUUGGUCCCAACUUUUUUCCCUUACUCCAACCAAUCAAUCGCUUCUUGAACCCAGACCCACGUCGCAAAUGACUUAAAGUUUGAUGCUUUCAAGCAUGAGAUAGCAUUAAUGGGUUUGGUCUGCAUUGAAAGGAAGGUGGGUGAGUGAGAGAAAGUUCGCUCCUUUUGGGGUUCAGGACUUGUGGGUUUUUUUUGCUUUUGCUCCACUUUCCAUUGAAGUGAUGAGUGAUCAUUUGGGGUUUAAGUAUUAUUAUUAUUGCUGCAUCGGUUGCUGCUUGUACUAGUACUACUCCUUAUGUUUCGGAGACUCAGAUGGUUUGUGGGUCUAAAUCAGAAGAAUUGGUCAACCAAAAGGUUGGUCAAUGUUGAUCAUCAACCUGGCCCUGGAACGCCAAAUAAGUUGUUGCCUGUGCUUGAUGCUGUGCAUGAGGUUGCAAUUUACAUUCAUAGGUUCCAUAAUCUUGACCUUUUUGAACAAGGAUGGUACAAAAUCAAGGUUACCAUGAGAUGGGAGGAUGGUGAAGGCUCCUAUCCCGGGAUUCCGGCGCGGGUUGUUCAGUAUGAAGCUCCUGAAGUGGGUUCUGACAAUUUAUGUAGAGUCUGGAUGAUUGAUGAUACAGACAACAGUUUUUCAACACCACCUUUCCAUAUUAAAUAUGCAAGACAGGAUGUGUUUCUUUCUAUCAUGAUCUCAUUCUACCUGUCUUUUGGUGAAUGUGAGGGACAAUCCUCUGCUGUUAUCUUGAAGUUUGAACUCAUGCAUGCUCCUAUAAUUGAAACUGGGCCUGAGUUACUAGGUUCACUGGAUGCAUAUGCUGCUUCAGUUCAUGAAUAUAAAAUCCCCCCUAAAGCUCUCCAGGGAUUACAUUCAUAUUGUCCUGUUCAUUUUGAUGCUUUCCAUGCUGUCCUUGUUGAAACAAGCAUUCACAUCAGUCUACUAAAAGCUAGUUAUCACACAUCUCGACAGAAGGUAUCCAGUGAUUCCAGAGGUUCAGAAGGUGCUUAUGUUGAAGAUUAUGUUGGGUCAAACAAGGUUAUGCUCAUCAAAGCAUUGAUGGCUGCAUAUGAUAUCCUGCUUGAAGAUUUGAGAAGAAUAAGCACAGGCAUUGGCAAAGCUAUUGAUUUGACUGAAAUGACUUCUGAAUCAGAUGCUACAGAAUUGUUUGCUUCUACUCCUCCAGCAUGCGUGAAAAGUAUUGAUGUUCAAUCAUCUCUUCAACUGUCUGACAGGCCACAAGUCAGUGCUGAGAAAGCUGCUCAUCAUGUCAAUAAUCUUUUCGAGAAGUCGCCUCAACCUUUUUCUUGGGAUGACCAUCUGUUAAUCUCUUUCCAGUCUUUAGGAAAUCAGCUCUUAUGUCUCUGGAAUAUAUUUCUAAAAUUCCACAGGGAAAACAAAACAAAAAUACUGGAAUUUCUACGUAAAUCCUGGGAGAUUGAUAGGAGAACUGAAUGGUCAAUAUGGAUGGUGUACUCAAAGGUUGCAAUGCCUCGUCAAAAUAUGAGCAAUGGAGUUGAGGGGACAUCAUUGUCCCAUGGCAUGCAUAGAAGUUCAAUAAUUACACGGAGGUUUACUGAUGAUCCUAUUCAAACUGCAGCUAUGCGUGCAGAACUUCACAGGCGAGGAAUAGCUCAAAUGAGGAUCAACAAUCGGUCACUUCAAGAUAUGUAUAUAUUUGGAGAUCCUCUGCUGGUUCCUAUUAUUAUUGUAGAACGCUUGACAAACGUGUACCAUUCUGCCAUUGUGAACUCAAACUUCAUUCCUUUGGAGGGUGAAGGGAGGCAUAUCCUAGAAAAUGGAUCCAGAGCCACAAAGAAGUUGUGUGGUAGUAGUCCACAGAAAAAUGAACUUGUUUUGAGAAUAGUUGUUUUUGUUCAUGGAUUUCAGGGAAAUCAUUUGGAUUUACGGCUUGUUCGGAACCAAUGGCUCUUAAUAGACCCCAAGAUACAGUUUCUAAUGUCACAGGCAAAUGAAGAUAAAACAUCUGGAGACUUCAGAGAAAUGGGAUUUCGGCUUGCCCAGGAAGUGAUCUUGUUCCUGAAAAAGAAGAUGGAUAAAGCUUCAAGAAAUGGAAACUUGAAAGAUAUCAAGCUUAGCUUUGUUGGUCAUUCUAUUGGGAAUCUCAUUAUCAGGACAGCCUUGACAGAGAGCAUCAUGGAGCCAUAUCUAAGAUACUUACAUACAUAUGUCUCCAUAUCGGGUCCACACUUGGGUUAUAUGUAUAGUUCAAACUCUCUAUUCAAUUCAGGGUUGUGGAUAUUGAAGAAGCUCAAGGGCACACAAUGCAUUCACCAACUUACCUUCACAGAUGACCCUGAUCUUGAGAAUACUUUCAUCUACAAUCUUUCCAAGGAGAAGACACUGGCUAACUUCCGGAAUGUGCUUCUUUUGUCCUCACCUCAGGAUGGCUAUGUUCCAUACCAUUCUGCGAGAAUAGAACCAUGUCCAGCAGCUUCUUUGGAUUUCUCUAAAAGAGGGAAAAUCUUCCUGGAGAUGCUGAAUAAUUGCUUGGACCAAAUCCAAGCUCACACUAACGAUAGGGUGGUCAUGCGCUGCGACAUCAACUUCAACACCUCUUCCUAUGGCAGGAACUUAAACACACUUAUUGGACGAACAGCUCAUAUUGACUUCUUGGAAUCUGACAUUUUUGCAAAGUUCAUAAUGUGGUCUUUCCCAGAUCUGUUUAGACAGUAAAGAAGGAAUCUACAUUCAGGCAACAUUAUUGAUUUAGAUAGAUAGUGAGAUUGGGACAAGACUUUAAGAAGAUCCGAACUAAAAACAUGGCACUGUAAUCAAAACAGUUCAGAGAUGCUUCCAACAUUGAGUUGGUAAACUUCCAACACCAUCUCCUCGGCUCCUCACAGGAGGAAAAAAUGGUGAAUCUCAUCCCUCCCAAAAAUGUGUCCUCAUGCGAGGCAGCAAAUUAGAGGAAUUUGCAGAGCAGAAAACAUGCAUGGGACCUUAACCAUUGUAAAUCACUUUUUUUUUUAAUAUAGUUAUAUAAAUUUUCUUUUCUCAGUUAUGGAUGGGGAUACAGCCUUUUGGCCAGUAGGCAGGGUGUAGGCAUGUAUGUAUAAUUAAAAAUUAAUAUUCAAAGAAUCAUGAGUUUACCAUGUCUAUUCAAGUUUAUAGAAGUCGCUAGUUCUUUAGGCUUAGGAACCUAGAGAAAAUGUUGUACACUAACAGAUGAUAUUCUAAGAACUUUCUAGAGAACUUUCAUCCUUUUACAUCAGAAAACACUUUCAUUUGUCAACUGUUUUGGCACGAA